AUGUCUUUUGAACACCUUGAGACUUUGAAUGAUCAUAAAAAAGAAAUUCAUGUUAAAAAUAAAAAGAUUGUUACAUUAAGUAAUACUUCAAAAAUAUCAGAAGAUGAUGAAGAUUUUAUAUUUUUCCUUGGUAUGAAUGAAAGAGCAACGAAAUAUUCCCCUGAAUCAUUUGAAUCUAAUUUUGAUAAUUUGCAAAAAAUAAAGAAUAAGAAAGGAGUUAAGAAGGAAAAAACUGAAAAUGAACAUUCAUUCAUUAUUGUGGAAGAUAAUAAUCAAGAAGCGACUUUUUCGGAUAGCACAGUUUUUCCGAAUGAAAUUAACAGAUGUAAACAUCAAUCCGUUUAUGAUGAACAUGAAAAACCACCAUUUGCAUGUAAUGUAUGUGAUAAAUCGUUUUCACAGAAAUGUAGUUUGAAUGUACAUUAUAGAACGCAUACCGGUUAUAAAACCUACGCGUGUGAUGUUUGUGAAAAAUGCUUUAUGUCAAGCAGUAAACUAGCUAUACAUUGUAGAUCGCAUACCGGUGAAAAACCAUUUGCGUGUGGUGUAUGUGGUAGAUCGUUUUCACAUAAAUGUUCUUUGACAACACAUUACAGAACUCAUACCGGUGAAAAACCAUUUGUAUGUGAUGUAUGUGGUCGAUCGUAUACACAGAAACAUAAUUUGAAAAUUCAUUGUAGAAUACAUACCGGAGAGAAGCCUUACGGGUGCGAUGUUUGUGGAAAAUGUUUUGUGUCAAGCAGCCAAUUAGCUACACAUUAUAGAACGCAUACAGGUGAAAAACCAUUUACGUGUGAUGUUUGUGAUAGAUCAUUUACACAGAAACACAGUUUGAAAGCUCAUUAUAGAACCCAUACUGGUGAAAAGCCUUACGCGUGUAAUACUUGUGGUAGAUCGUUUUCAAUAAUAGGGAAUUUGACAAAACAUUAUUCAACGCAUACCAGUAUAAAACUUUAUGUUUGUGAUUUGUGUGAAAUGUCGUUCACAACAAGUAGUAAAUUACUAUGUCAUACACGAAGAAUACAUAAUAUUUGUUUUUGAUAAUAUUGGGAUUCAAAUGAUGUGGAACAAUACCUAUGGAGUAAUAUUCUGUUAUUUUUAUUUUUGUAUGUGAUAUAAAAUAUUUAAUUUAAGGUUGAUGUAUAGAAAGACAGUUUUGAUUUAAGCUAAUGGUUUUUGUUAUUUUAAUUUGUAAGUUUUAAU